AUGGCGUAUCCAGUUACCCCAUCAAUUUCUAUUGUUGUUUCCAAUUGCCUCAAUGCCGUGCUAGAAAAUAGAAAUUAUGAAAGUUGUAUACUUCAAGCAUUAAAACUGAAGGAUCGUUAUGACAAGACGAACUAUUAUAUAUGGAUGAGAUGGAGACGACGUAAUGGACCUCAACAAACAGAUUUGCGUGGUCCAUAUAAAUCAACGGAUUUUGUUGUCGAUGAGUUUGAAAGAAUAUUUGAAACUAUGACGAAUAAUCAAUGGCAAAAUCGUCAUAACCAUUCUUUGUAUGGAGACGGCACAUAUGCAUUAACUAAUGAUAGAAAUGAACAAGAGCUCAAUCAACAUGCUCGCGAACAGGUAAGGGUAUGUACUUAUUCUCCUUAUAAAUCCGCAUGGUUUCUACCAUAA